AUGAUCCACAUCGUCCUUGUUAUAUUUUAUGCCCGUCACUGGGAACACAAUGUAACUUUCUCCUUCACACCAACAAACAAUGAUUUUUGGCCUGUGGUGCUGAGUGCCUCAUUGCAAGCGUUUUAUACUAUAUACACGGCUAUUCUGCUCUUCCUUACCCAAUGGCUUGCGAUUUCGAGGAUACUUGUGCGUCGUCUGAAACUAACUGCCAUUCAUGACAUCUCUGGCGCAUGGGCCGGCCUUGGCUCUGCACUCAGUAGCGUCUGGCAACAAACCGACAUCCCCGCCUCAUGGUGGACGACUUCUGCUGUGGCAAUCUACCUUGCGAAUAUAACCAUGCUGCAUGUCACCUCUUCCACUCUCCUACAAUUUCAAACCUUCAAUACUUCCAUGACGACGUCGGUGCCAACAACACUAGGAUGGCUAGAUGAUUCAUCGUACGGCUCUUUUGCGAACCUGGGACUCAUUACCUCAUCCCUACCAAUUGUCAAUCAUUUGACUGGACUGGCAUCUGCAGGAUUAUCUAACACCACACUCUACGACACCCUCAAAACAGACGCUAUAGCAGGAAAUGCAACUGUGAACGCAACGACAGUAACAUCGCAUUGCGGAUUGAUUCCAAAUGUGACAUACUCUGCGAAUACCAGCACGGCGAUCGUUCCAUUUGGGCCAGAUUCUUCUCGCGUGCUUAAUGCAAGCACUCUCUGGCCAGACCAGAUACAUAUAGUUCCAUGGGUGGAAUAUGAAGAUCCUUACAAUGAAGUCACGGAGCUCAAUGGUGUCUACCUUAUGGUCUCCACAUUACUGGAGAUUGAGCCUUCAGUACAAGAUGAGGUCGCCGUAAACAUGACUUGGGCUAUCCCUGGCGUUGUCACUCCAUACGUCAUCCAGGUCUAUUUCGUGCAAUGUUCGCUAUCAGCGAACACUACAAAUGGGGUGGUCGACAUGCAAACCAACAGUCUACUGAGUUCCACGUCCAUAUCGCAGCCAUCCACGCAAUGGGAAAUGAAUCAAUUUGAGUGGUCGAAUACUAGUUGGCAAGCCCAGAUCGGCAGUGCUUUGGCUAGCCCGGACAGCAGCAGUGGGAUUGUAUUUGGCGGUACACCUUUACAAAUCACCGAACUUUCUGUUGCGGACGAGUAUAUCAUGUCAUUGGUAGGAUUGAAUCUCACCGAUGAAUAUUCACAAUUCCUAUAUGACGGUGCUCGCCUGAUUUCCAAUUUCACUUUGAGACCGGAUCAAUUAGAAUUUGCGACUGCAAAAGCAGCUGCACAACUCAUCUGGAUAGCGGGUCAAUUGGGCACAUCCAAUGAAGGAAUUGAGCUCGGCAAUGGGACGGCAUAUGUCAACGAGGAGUUAAUUGCCCUACGCCUCAAUAUCAACCUUCUUCCUUUGGCUUUCGCGACAUCCGCAUCGGUGAUCAUGCUGGGACUAGCACUACACAUGACAAGGGCACUCGAUGCAUCGCACGACACUCAGGCUGCUAUUCCGAACAUAGGUGUACUACAACUCUUGUGGUUGGGUCAUCGUUCAGCCUCUAUCAAUGAAGUCCUGGAAGAUGUGCAGCAUCCGACAGAGACCAAUCUGCGGCGAGCAGGCAUGAUAGAUAUUUGCCUUGCGAAGACAAUGUCCAACGAGGAGGAGCUAGGAGGUUCAACUAAUGGUCUCUCCUGGUGA